GUCUGUAAACAAUUGUUGGAAAAAUGACUUGUGUCAUGCACAAGGUAGAUAUCCUAACCGACUUGCCAAAUCUAUAGUUUGUUAUUAACUAGAAAUGUGUGGUGGCUGAAAAACGAGUUUUAAUGACUCCAACCUAAGUGUAUGUAAACUUCCGACUUCAGCUGUAGGCAAUUUUUUAUUUGACUGAAAUAAAUAUAGGCCUAUAAUUUUCUUACGUGAAAUGCAUGCUUAUAGUGAUGAUUAUCUUUUGUCAAUACAUUUUAAAUAUCAAAAAGACAGCCGUCUUACAUUGGAUGAAUAAUAACCAAGUACCGGUAAUUGAUUUGAAAGUGAAAGUUCCUGGAUAGACCACCAGGAUGCGCCACGGUACCCGAGAUCAUCAUUCCGCCGAGGACCCUCCCAUUGGUGGCAAGUUUUGUUACUGCAAUAAUCUGAUUGGAUGGGGGAGACAGUUAUUGUAUGUCUGACUGGCUAGACGGCUUGAUUUACCAGCUGACGGGGGGGAAGUUGGCGUGGAUCACUGACAUUAAACCAAACGAUUAUUUGAUCAUCCUGCGUCGCAGUGUGUAAAAUCAUAAUUUGAAGACUUGGGAUCUCACAAUGAAGAAAACGUAUGCAGCAUGGUGCUGCUUCAAGGAAUCCAGUCCCUGCGGUGUGUCAUGAGUGUACUUUGGCCCUUUAAAAAAAAGACAGAUGAUGCUCAGUAACCAAGCCAGACGCCAAUGAAAGAUAACCGUCUGCUGCCAUGACGACCAGUCGAUGCACUCUGUUGCCGGAGGUGCUGCCAGAGUGUUCAGACUCUACCCACACAGGGAGUUGCUUGAGCGACAAGGACUUUGAUCCAAUGGGUAGCCUGGACUACCCGACAGAGCCUGACCUCCCAGGAAAAGCAAUGGAAGAGCAGAGCAGUCCGGCCAAUGGAGAGCCGCAGUACUACAUGCAAGUGUCUGCCAAGGAUGGGCAGCUGCUGUCACCUAUCGUGGGAGCGUACGCCAAACAGAGCCCUCUGCCUGAGCGGCCCAUGUGUCGGAUCUGUCAUGACGGAGGGGGUCAGGAGGAGCUGCUCUCCCCCUGUGAGUGUGCAGGGACCCUGGGUACCAUCCACCGGAGCUGCCUGGAGCACUGGCUCUCUGCCUCUGGCACCAGCGCCUGUGAGCUCUGCCACUACCAGUUCACUGUACAGAGGAAGAACCGGCCACUGAUGGAGUGGGUGCGUAACCCGGGCCUGCGCCAGGAAAAAAGGACGCUGUUCGGCGAUAUGGUGUGCUUCCUGCUCAUCACGCCUCUGGCCACAAUCUCCGGGUGGCUGUGUCUGCGGGGGGCCGUGGACCACCUGCACUUUUCCAGCCGCCUGGAGGCCGUGGGCCUCAUCGCCCUCACCGUGGCCCUCUUCACCAUCUACCUCUUCUGGACCCUGGUGUCGCUCAGGUAUCACUGUCGGCUGUACAACGAAUGGCGGCAGACCAAUCAGAGGGUGGUGCUUCUCCUCCCCAGGUCACAUGGUGAACCGUCUGCUCCGCCCUCUUCACGAGGCCCAUCUCGUGAAAAAUGGCCAUCCAAAGAGACUAUUGUCUGAGCAGCCCUUUCUUCAAAAGCCAUGAAGGAGAAACACUGAGGAAGAAUGGGGAUAGUUCCAUAGGCGCCAGAACAGUAUUUGCUUCUGGUGCCCUCCAGUGCUGAACUUUGAAGUGCCACCAAAUGUCAUUAAUGGGCCCCUAAGGAAUGGUUUAAACACACAUUUACUAAGGCGGUAGAGUUACUGUACAACAGAGACCUUCUCUUCGGUGCAGCAUCCAUUUUGGACUCAAAAUACAGCAUUACAUCCCACCACUGCCACCAAUAUGUCAUACAGGGAUGGACAGGUACAUUUGGUGAUAUAGAAGUGGUGGAGUGCAUAGUUGGUCAUAAAGCAUUUGGACUGAAGGACAGCCAGGAAAAGUUUGCCACUGUGACCAUAUGCUGUGAUUGGUGAUUCCUGUGAAGUGCAGAAAACAUUGUCUGGUUCAUAUAACAUACCAACAUAAACCUGUGUAUAGCAUUACUAUAUUAGUCACAUUCUACCAAUCAACAAAUCAAAGCCCAGAGUGUAAAUAAGUACUUCAACUUCUUCAGUAUUUUACAUAGUAUUAAACUCUUACCUUUACAUGUAUGGGUCUCUGUGCCUCAAACCAAGGUCAUGUUCAUUAUGCAACAGAGAACUUAAUGAAACAGUGGGGGACUACUCAUUUUUUCAUUCCGUUUCAAAAGUAUUUAAAACGUUUCACUACGGUGUGCCCUGCUGAACACGAUCCAACUUAAGACAGGCUUUGUGGAGUGUUAAACAGGACAUAGGUUGAUGUAGGUCUAUACUAGCUGCUCAGUCUUUAACAGUCCUCCCCUUAGAUAAGAACACCAUUAACAGUUGAAGUACAUUGAGGUUGACCUUAAAAGGGACAUUUUGAAUUAAUUUAUAUUUUGGCUACAAAGUAGUUUUGUGUGAAAAAUACAAUAUUGGUCUCAGUUGAGAACUGGUUGACUGUAGUAUAUGUUAGUGUUAGUCAUUCACUUCACUUACAAAUAGCUGUGUUUGUUAGACAUCCCAUCUUUGACUCAUGACUGGUCAUAUGUCAUUGUGUUAAUGAUUUUUUGUUCAAGGAUUUUGUAGUCGCUGCCUUGUAAAGUAUUUUGUGAUAGUUCUCUUCCUAGAAAUGGUUGUAUAGCCUAGCCAAGACUAUUCAGGUUGAUUAGAAGGGCCAAAAACACUUACAUUUUCUGUCUAGAGAACUUCUUGUUAUACCAGAUGCAUUAAACUAUCACAUUUUUUUAUUUUUAUUAUUAUCAUUGAGUACAUGGUGCCCUUAUUUAACUCUUCAGCAUCUUCAUUUGAUUAAAUUUCAGGCUUCACUUUGAGCUUGUUGGUGAAGUGGAAUAAACUUCCGUUAUGUUUGUGUGUCGGGGUGGCAGUUUGAUCAAAUGUAUUCUCUCUACAGUUAUUUUAUCAGCUGUUUCCAAUAAAAAUAUGAACUUAAAAGGAC